AUGGCUGAUCAUAAGUUGGCGAAAGCUGCAUACAUUUCGUGGGAGCACCAUCCGUUCACCUUGAAACAGCUCGACGAUUUUCUGAAGCUCGCGAGCAGCAAGACUAAAGGCAAGAAGUACGUGCAGCUCUCCGACGGCUACACGAUGCACCUCGGGUUGACAGGAUAUUAG